UCUAUAAACCGUGCAAACAACACAAUCGCUGUCAAAUAUAUUUGUGGCACAAACAUCGUUGGAAUUUGGAGGUUUAUAUUGGUCGCUACGUGCUGGUUUAACUCAUUCUCAAUGGCCAUCGAGACAGGUAGAAAUACAAGACGGGUUGGAACAAGAACAAGCCCAUCAUCACCAGAACCACUGGUCGAAGAGAUCGUACCUAAUUCUGCAUGGACUGAGGACCAUGCACACCAUUUUCUUCUUGUAGAUCUUCCUGAAUUCACAAAGGAGGAGGUGGAGCUUCAAGUUGAUAGCUCCACUGGUCGUAUAUUUGUAAAAGGCGAAAGGCAAACAGAUGAACAUAAAUGUUUUCGCUUUGAACUUGCCUUUCCACUGCCAGCGGAUUCAGAUAUGGAUAACAUAUCCGGAAACUUCGAUAGUGAAACUGAAAUCCUUCACGUGUACGUCCCCAAGCGAAGUUCACAAGAGCACAGAGAAACUGAUGAUGAGAUACAGAAUGUUUCGAAUGGCAAUGUUGAAAGGCCUCAAGAAAUUGAAAGUGAUCAUGAGUACCACAAUGCGGUUAAUGAGGAGAGGGAUCAUUCUCCACACGACUGGGGUAGAGAGAAGGAAGAAAUAAAAAAUGAAAAUGCACAUAACAUAGAGGGUUUUUCUGAUGGAUUAACAAGAAGGAAGUUGGUGCAAAAACAUAACGUGUCAAGAGCUCUAGUGGAGGUUUUGAUGAGAAACAAGGGAGUUGUUGGAACUGCUAUUAUGGCUUUUUCCUUUGGAUUGUAUGUGUCUCAUAAGUUUCAUUCAUGGAGUGCACCAUAAGGGAAGUCCCUUGACACGCCAAACUGCCUUUAUGUCUCAUGUUUAUAUAUGUGUACCAUGUUGAUAUACAUUAGUAAUAAGAAAAUUUCUACGGUACCCACUAUAAUUGGGAUCAAAAUCUUGUGUCUCCAACUCCUGUCUCCAAAUCCAUAUCUUUCAAUCACAAAAUGCCACAUCAUUAUUUUUAAUUUUAAUUUUAAUUUUUAAAAAAUGUAACCGGUUAUGAUUUGUUGUUGGAACGUUAUGUAGUUCAACCCCUGUUUUAAUUUAUCUACUUUAAAGACACUUCUUGGGGUGUUCAUGUCCUCAGGUCUCUCCUAACAAGCGUGGUCCUUCACUGCAUCUCCCACCUGCAAAAACACGCACCCAUUAAUAACACCUCCGUAGUAAUAUAUCUUUUAACAUAACACAAGAAUGACAGAAGAAAUGGAACUACUAGGAAGAGAAGAGUAACUUGAACAUAAAUGGUGUCUGGAUGUGCAGUGGUUUUGAAAAGAUAAUUUGUGGCCCAACGAAUGGCUUCUCUUGCAUUCUGCAACUCACCCU